AUGGCUUCAAUAUACAAGGCAUUUCCGCAGCUGCGGACUGCUGCUCCACGCCUCUCACGACGACUCUUCGUAUCUACGCCAUGCCUCAAUUCGCCGAUUCGAUCCGCAGUCUCCGCUUCACGAUCUUCAUCGAGAUCUUCCACCCUGCAAUCGGUGAGGUGGAAAUCGACCCAGCCUCUCCGCAAUACCGCGACCAUUGAGGGAUCGAAUGCGGGGAGGGCGAUACUGGAGGAAGCUGCGACCAAGACUGAAAGCCAGUCGAGCAGCUUCCCCAAGACAACUUCCAAGAGCGUUGCAUACUGGCUGCUGGGGAGUGCUGCGAGCGUUUUCGGCAUAGUCGUUUUCGGUGGCCUGACUCGUCUCACAGAGUCUGGGCUGAGUAUCACCGAAUGGCGUCCCGUCACCGGCUCCCUCUGGCCUAUGAGCCAGGCCGAAUGGGACAGCGAGUUCACAAAAUACAAGGCGUCACCCGAGUUUCAACAGCUCAACUCGAGCAUGGACAUGGCCGACUUCAAGCAGAUUUACUUUAUGGAAUGGGCUCAUCGUCUAUGGGGUCGUGUCAUCGGCAUCACAAUGCUCGUACCAACCGCCUAUUUCAUCGCACGUCGUAGAGUAGCGCCUUCAAUGGCCUGGAAGCUUAUCGGAAUUUGCGGUAUGAUCGGUGGCCAGGGUGCCAUCGGCUGGUGGAUGGUCAAAAGUGGACUCAAGGACGACCUCUUCGAACCUGGAAGCCAUCCCCGUGUCAGCCAGUAUCGCCUGACUGCCCAUCUGGGUGCUGCCUUCACUGUCUACUGCUCAAUGGUCUACACUGGUCUUUCGAUUCUCAAGGAGCAUCGCAUGCUAGCAGACCCGGCCAAGGCUGCUGAGACUAUCAAGGCUCUGCAACAUCCUGCUCUCCGCAUCUUCAGACGCUCCGUCUUCGGUCUUACCGCUCUUGUCUUCACUACUGCUAUGUCAGGUGCCCUGGUUGCUGGUCUCGAUGCUGGUUUGAUCUACAACGAGUUCCCAUGGAUGGGUCUUGGUCUCGCUCCACCCAAGAAGGAACUUUUCGAUCCCUUUUACAGCCACGUCCCAGAUCAAUCGGAUCUUUGGUGGCGCAACAUGCUCGAGAACCCUUCUCUCGUCCAGCUUGACCACCGCAUCCUCGCAACGACUACAUUCACUGCCAUCAUGAGUCUCUUUGCAUACACUCGCUUUGGAAAGGGCGUGCGAAGUAAGCUUUCCAAGGACCAGCACAAGGGUGUCCAAGGAAUGGUUCACCUCGUUGUCCUUCAGGUUACUCUCGGCAUCAGCACAUUGAUCUACAUGGUCCCUACCUGGCUAGCGUCCGCACAUCAAGCCGGCGCUCUCGCUCUGUUGACUGGUGCGGUUGUUUUGUGCAACAGGAUAACUGCGCCACGUCGCGCUAUCCUUCGCCAGAUCAUGAAGCCACAGGCUCCCAGAACGCACGCUACCCCUCACAUUAGUUCGCGACUCGAAGCCGCCAAGGCUGCUGAGCAAUCAUCGUAG